GUCGCCGCGAAAGAUUUCUGUGUUCGACCCUCAGACGACGCAGACCGCCUUCAAGCUGCCCCUGCGUUUCUCCGUCCGGACAGCCAUUGUAGUGGUCUUCCUAGGAUGGUAAAAACCAAACAGCGAAAAUCCAAACCCAAGAAACCGACUAACAUAAGAAAGCAGGGAAAGCAAGAAGAUAUUUCACAGCUCCGUGCUCAGCUGGAUGCAUUGGGCCUGAAGAUUAUCCAAGUGACUCCAGACGGUAAUUGCUUCUUCAGAGCCCUUGCAGAUCAGUUGGAAGGUAAUGAGGAUGAACAUGGAAAGUAUCGGAGCAUGGUGGUCCAAUAUAUAGUGAAGAACCGUGAAAAGUUUGAGCCCUUUAUUGAGGAUGAUGUUCCAUUUGACAAAUACUGCCAGUCCAUGGCAGAGGAUGGCACUUGGGCAGGGCAAAUGGAGCUGCAAGCAGCAUCUCUUGUUACUCAGAGUAAUAUAUGCAUACACCGAAACAUGUCUCCUUGCUUGCACACUAAGAAUUUCGAUAGCCGUGGAGCUCGAAUGGUGCAUUUAUCAUAUCAUUAUGGAGAACAACACUAUAAUAGUGUGAGAUUAAAGGAGGACACAUGUAGUGGACCAGCAAGGCCAAUUAUAAUAAAGGUUGAUGCUGAUCUUUCUUCAUCAUCUAAUCAAGAAAAAGAUGCAAUUACCAAGUCUAAAGGGAGAGCAUAUGAUGACAGUAUCAGUCAGGGAUCAAUUAAAUUGGUAAUGGCCAGAAGCGGUUGUGAAAGCACUGAAAAGGUUGAACAGGUCUUACUGCAAGUACAUGGCGAUGUUGAUGCUGCAAUAGAGUUUCUGGUAGCAGAACAAGGAACAGAAGAAGACACUGUGGAAAAUGAUUCUCUUGGUUGCCAUACUGAUACUUAUGGUAAUGUUGGUGGGGAAAACACAAGCUGUGGGGAAGAACCUGCAAAGGAGAAAAGCAAAGAGGAUAUGUCGAGCAAUACUAUCAAACGACCCCAUGAUUCAAGACCAGAUGACAAGAAGAUCCCAAGAAACCAGGUCUUCCCAUGUGGAUCUAGGAAAAAGUAUAAGGCUUGUUGUGGAUCAGUCUCAGGGAAGUCCUCAGCCAAGUUUCCAAUGUAUACUACUUGAACUUUGUACUACUUUCUGCCUAUUUUUGCCAUUUAAAAUCAAAUGUAGUGUUUAUGUGUGUGUAUAUAUAAUAAUUUCAUUGCUGAAUGUCAACUCUCAUCUUGUUUUGCCCACCUUUGACACUGGUAAGAAGGCUGCUUCCUUUUCAGAACAUGAUAUGAAACGGAAUGUUGCAGUGUUCCUUCUGUUAGUAAUGGCGUUAAUCAAAGCUUUGUGUAGCAUUCCCGACUUCCUAUGUGUAAUUCACAUUUUUUUCCCACAUUUCAUCAGCAAGUUACAGAAACCUGUGCUUGGGUGUAAAACUUGAAAUCUCUCUGUUUUCUAAUGUUGGAAAUCUGUUUCUAGUAACCAAACAGUUGAUGCCAGAAAGGGAAGAAAGGAAAGGGAAGAAAGGAAAGGAAACAAAGCAAGAAGGGAGGAUCUGCUAAAUCUGCUGCAUCCUCUGGAUCUGAUGUAGGACCACCUGACAUGGGUGCACUCUGUAUAUAAUGUUCCUUUUAUCAUGUUGGAACUGGUUUCUACAAGACGAAUAUAAGCCUGCAAAACAUCUUACUGUUUAGUAUUAUUGUAUCAGGGCUUUCAGGCGGCGUUAUUUAUGCAGUUUUAGAAAGCAGCUGAUGCCAUCUUAAUGUAUAACGGAUCAUGAGUCAUGACCUUACUUCUGCUUGCCAAUUGCAAUAUGUUUUCUACAGUCAAGAGGAGGAAGAGGAAGACUCUUGCUGUUGGCAUCUGCAAAAUGGACCUCAGAAUACAUGGCCUUGGUUUGAGGCUUGGGCUUAUAUUUUAAUUACUCCUUCUCACAGUCAGAAUAUAAGCAAAACACUAAAUGGCUUUUACAUUUUCAUUCUAGUUGAUUUUCAGAUUUUGUGUCCAUUUUCUUGGCAAAAGAAAAGAUUAUACAACAAAGAAAAGAUUGAAAAAUGAAUGUUACAAAUCCUUUUUUUAUGAAGAUGUGAUUCAACGAUGAGGUUUCUGAAGAUGUGUAAUUGUAUAGAUCUUUAAUCAUUCUACAGGAGUUCAUUACUCUUAUAUGUGGGUUUUGGCAAAUGAAACAAAUCUAUCUUUCUUCUGCUAAAUGGGAAUUUCUUUGCGCAUAGUUCUCAAUUUGUUAAGAGAAGAGAUUAAGGAGAAUAUUAGAAGUUCGUUUAGUCUAGCUAUAACUUUAUUAAAUUAUUAUUUUGUGAAAUUAUAUAGACUAUUCAUGAGUAAAACUGAACUGUAAAA